AUGCGAGCCACCAUUCUGAACGUGGCAGGAUCAGAUACUGGAGUCAGAAGAAAAACAGAGUGUACGUUACUGGACGAUUUUGAGAAUUCAAUCGAAGUAAGUAAUAGUACCCAAUCAAUGAGUUCUCAAAAAUCAGUUUAUACCAUUGAAGCAACGACCAUAGGUACCUUUCAUUUUGAUGAUCAUUUUCCAGUCAGGGUUAUUCAGAAAUAUGCGGAGCAUAUAUACAAUCAAGACAUGCGCUAUGGGGACAAAGACGUGAAGAUUUUGGCCGUAUUGCUCGUUUAUCUGUCAUGUGUUAAAGCUGCACAACAAUUGUGGUCAAGUUAUUGGACAGUUCCAACUGAGACUGAUGCAUUUUCUAACGUUGGCGGAUUGCCUACUUAUUUACCUGAAGUCAUUGAUGAGGUCUUACUAAAAUUAGGUGACAUUGAAACUAAGUAUGGCCGAAUUAGGGUUAGAUGGCCAUUGACUACUUUCAAAACAGUAUUGGUAAAUGCAAGCUAUUAUGGGCUAAUGGCAACCCAGUCAGGGUUUGCGAGGGAUAUUGGUUUUAGUUUUCGCAAUCUAAUUUGGAAUGACAAUGAAGGGCAUGAAAAGAUGGAUCAUUUUAUAGAAAAGUAUUGGCAAUUGAAAUUCAACAAAGUAUAUACUCACGGGAAAGAGAGGUUUUUGCCCUUGCGUUUGCAUAAGAGAUUAACUGAAGAAGAUAUAGUUGCCGGUGCCGGUCCCCAAUGGUUUCAGCAUGAAUACCCGGAGUACGAAGUGCUCUUAAAAUUAUACUCUCGCAGAAUGCCUUGCGAUGAUUCCAGAGCUGGGGUCGCUUUCGAAAAGCUAGGAUUACGUAGAGUGGCAGACCUGGAUGAAGAAAUUAUGACAGGUUUGGAUGCUGCAUCGACCUUGCUAUCAAAUAUCCGCUAUGUUUAUCAUAGGUACUUCUGGAUGACCGACCUUAACCCUACUGGAAACGGCAGUCCGGGCCAACUCUUUGUGGCUGGUAAGAAUGAUUCCACUGCUUCUACAGCCUUGAUUACGAGUAAAAGCAUGACCGAUGACGAGAUUGAAUAUGGUUUCACAUGGGUUCCAAGUAUUUCCUUUGACAUCAAGAGUGACAUUCGAAUGGCAUCAAGGGAAACACGUACCCAACUUACUGCGGAGGAAUUUAGACAAUCCCUUCUUGAUAGCCGUUAG